AUGUCGGUUCAAGCAGCCCAAAUAAGCUGCGAGUUUUGUAGUGGCCCACAUUACGGUGCAAACUGUAAUGCGGGAGGUAUGUUUGCUAGUUCCUCUACUUCAUCUAAAGUCUCUGCUGACCAUGAACAGGUUAAUUACAUGCGGAGUGCACCCGGACAGCAGAACAACCCUUAUAGCAGCACAUACAAUCCUGGGUGGAGAAAUCACUCCAAUUUUAGUUGGCGCAACAAUAAUGCCGGGGUCCACAGUUUUCGAGCAUCGUGCAAGAAUCGCCACAAGAAUAAAGAAGAAGCUAGACCAUUAGAGCUUCCUCCACCAGCCGAGAAGAAAUCUAACUUGGAGGAGCUGAUGAUGAAGUUUAUCACGUCGACUGAGACAAGGUUCCAGCAGACCGACAGUGCUCUUAGAAAUCAACAAAUCGAGGUGAGCAGUAAGGUUAAAGAAUCUGAGAGGGAAAAGUUGCAACCAAUCCUAGUCAGGGAGUAUCAACCUAAGAUUCCUUAUCCUGCUAGACUGAAGCAAGUAGAAGCACAAGAGCAGUUCAGUAAGCUUUUAGAUAUUUUUAGACAACUGCAUGUUAACUUGACUUUUGUUGAUGUAUUGAAGCAAAUGCAGAAGUAUGCCAAAUUCUUGAAGGACAUACUUAGCAACAAAAGCAAGGUGGAAGAGGUAGCAUUCGUAAAGCUCAAUGAAGAGUGCUCAACAGAGUUUCAAAGUGAUUUACUAGAGAAAUGUCAUGACCCAGGGAGUUUUACUAUUCCUUGCACUUUGCGUAACUUGUGGGUUGAUGAGGCAUUAGCUGAUUUAGGCGCUAGCAUAAAUGUAAUGUCCACAAGUAUGUUUAAUGAGCUGGGUUUAGGGGAAGCAAAACCCACUAGGAUGUGUAUUCAAUUAGCUGAUCAUUCUGUUAAGCUUUCUAGGGGGACUGUAGAGAAUAUGCUAGUCAAGACCUUUCCUUGCCACGCUAAAGCCAAAAUAAAUGUAUUCGAGGGAAAGUUAGAGAUUAAUGUAGGGGAUGACUGUGUUACUUUCAGUUUACCCCUAGUCGAGAGUCCUCCCGCCAAUCAGGUUCAUGCCAUUUACGCUAUUGACGGGAUUGGUUUUGCAUGUGAUAAACCAGCACAGGAUAUACUAAUAGAUUCUGCUCUGCAUCCUUCUUUGCCUGUUGAUGUGUGUCACUCUUUUAAAGAAAAUAACUUGCAUCAAUUUGAAACUUCGCGUUAUGAUACACCCGAGAAGGGUAGUUGCAAGUUUUUUUAUGACAGGUCAUCUAGACAGGAUUGGGAGUGGAUGACUAGACAUCCUAACUCGGCAUGGAGAGCACCUCCUUGGGUAUCUACUAUGCCCAUUGGACUGUCUCCUUGUGGUUAUAUGCCUCAGGCCCCAGCUUACAAUGCGCCCACCUUCUCAAUUUGCCAACGGGGCAGGGAUACUGCUGCAGAGUCUAGCUAA